AAAAAGGCCCCCUUUCCUCACUCUUUCACUCCUCACCUCCAUGAAAACAGACUCAAUACGCCUCUGCAAAAACCUACCAACCGCCACCAUCUCCAUUUCCUCAAAAUCUCUUCACCUGAAUUUCAUGAGCUAGCAAAGCCCAUCUCACCAAACCACCUCACUACCCAAAAGCUGUAAAAAAGAUCCCAUCUUUUUCUUGAUUCUUCCUCAAGAAAAAAGAAAGGUGAAAAAAAGAAAAGAAAAGGAAAAAAAAAAUAAUGGGUUCUCUUAUCCCAGCUGAAGACUUGAAUCUCCAUCUUGGACCCUCUUCCUCAAUUUCUGCUUCCGUUCGAGACCCUCUUGCACCGUCUUCCUCUGUUUCUGCUUCCAUUCGAAACCCUUUAAUUAUCCCCAAGAAAGAACCCAAACUUGAACCUCUUGAUGACCUUUUGGAUGAACCCCCAGUAGCCCAUUAUCGAACGCCUUUGCCAUUUUACUUAAACACUUCGAACAACCUUAAUUCCAGCUCAACUUUCACCGUAACCCCAUCUCCGACCACCCCCAUUACACCCGCUACCCCUAGCCCUACUGCCAACAACCAAGAACCCGUAACUUCUUCCUCCAAUGAUUCGUCGAAUGUUUAUUCGGAAUUUUAUCGUCUCACGGAGCUUUUCCGCAACGCUUUUGCUGAAGGAGGAGAAAGGAAUGGAGAGGGUGCUGAAUUUGAGGACUCUGAUAUCUCGAGAGCGAUUGUGCCUUUUAAUUCUGAGAAUGAGAACCAGCCUUUCAAUUCUGAGAAUGAGAACCAGCUGUUGAACGCUGUGGUAUCGCGGAGGAAAUAUUCUCAGAGGUCGGCUGAGUUAGUCCGCGUGACGGAUCUUAGUGCGGAUGAUGUGCAGUAUUUUAGGAAUUUAGUGAGAAAGACGAGAAUGCUUUAUGAUGCGAUUCGGGUUUUGGCUAUCGCGGAGGAUGAAAAACAUAGGGGGGACUUGGUUCCUCAUAGGAGGACUAGAGGGGACUUAAAAGCAGCUGCAUUGUUGAGGCAACGUGGGUUGUGGUUAAAUCGCGAUAAAAGGAUUGUGGGUGCAAUCCCUGGUGUGGAGAUUGGGGAUUUGUUUUUUUUCAGGAUGGAAUUAUGUGUAAUUGGAUUACAUGGGCAGGCUCAGGCUGGCAUUGAUUAUCUGUCAGCAAGUCAGAGCUCGAAUGGAGAACCUAUAGCGACAAGUGUGAUUGUUUCAGGAGGCUACGAGGAUGACGUAGACACUGGAGAUGAGAUAAUUUACACUGGACACGGUGGACAGGACAAGCACAACAGGCAAUGUAUGAAUCAGAAGCUGGAAUGUGGGAAUUUGGCACUGGAGAGGAGCAUGUACUAUGGCAUUGAGGUAAGGGUAAUUCGUGGUUUUAAAUAUGAGGGCAGUGUUAGUGGUAAAGUUUAUGUUUAUGAUGGUUUAUAUAGAGUUGUUACUUGUUGGUUUGAUGUGGGGAAAUCCGGCUUUGGCGUUUUUAAGUAUAAGCUUGUUAGAAUUGAGAAUCAACCGGAAAUGGGUAGCUCGAUUCUCAGGCUUGCGCAGACUCUUAGGACUAGGCCGUUAGAGGCAAGGCCAAAAGGGUAUGUUAGUCUUGACUUGUCAAUGAAGAAAGAGAAUGUGCCUGUUUUUCUGUUUAAUGAUGUGGAUAAUAAUAACGAGCCUGUCUUUUUUGAGUAUCUUUUGUCGACUGUCUUCCCACCUCAUGUAUACAACCAUGGCAAGAAUGGGACAGGAUGCGAUUGCAUAGGUGGUUGUUUGGAUGGUUGUUUUUGUGCUGCAAAAAAUGGGGGCGAUUUUGCAUACGAACAAAAUGGGAUUUUGUUGAAGGGAAAGCCGGUAAUCUUUGAGUGUGGGCCACAUUGUCGUUGUCCUUCAACUUGUCGGAAUCGGGUGAGCCAGAGAGGUGUAAGGAAUAGAUUGGAAGUCUUUAGGUCCAGGGAGACUGGUUGGGGAGUUAGAUCAUUGGAUUUGAUCCAGGCUGGUGCAUUUAUUUGUGAAUUCACAGGAGUUGUUCUUACGCGCGAACAAGCUCAGAUUUUCACCAUGAAUGGAGACAGCUUGGUUUAUCCUAGUCGCUUUCCUGAUAGGUGGGCCGAGUGGGGUGAUUUAACUGAUAUAUUUCCUGAUUACAAGCGUCCAGAACAUCCGUCAAUUCCGCCAUUGGACUUUGCAAUGGAUGUAUCAAGACUGAGGAACGUAGCCUGUUACAUAAGCCACAGCUCGAAUCCAAAUGCUUUGGUACAGCCAGUUCUGUAUGAUCACAAUAAUGUCUCUUUCCCUCACCUCAUGUUGUUUGCGAUGGAGAACAUUCCUCCUUUAAGGGAAAUUAGCCUUGACUAUGGGAUCGCUGAUGAGUGGACAGGAAAACUUCCCAUCUGCGAUAAAUAAUUGGACUCGGUGUCUGUUUCUUUUGGAUGCAGGGCCUCCAUUUGAAAACAUAAUGCACUAAGAUGGAAUUUUACCAUGUAAAGCAACAGUACUGUAACUUGUUUUGUGUACCAGGGUUCUGACCGGCACAAGCAUCUUCAUUGCUGUUAUCCUGAACUGUCUUGAGAAUGUUGACUUCUCCUUAACUCCUGUCGCUUGCUGUUUUGAAUCUGCAAAUUAUUGGAUAGGGUAUGAAUACUAUAAAGAAAUAUGAUUAAACAGAUCUCCUGUUGGGGUUGACUGCUGCAAGGGGUAUUUUGCUGCCUUUAAAGGGGCCUUUUGCACUAGCAUGUCUUGGCAAAGGGUGUAUGGGAUGACUAGCUGAUAAAUAUUUUGCAUGACUAUAUGAUUUCCUAGUCUUAGUUUGUAUGUAUGGGAUGUCUGUACAGAUACUGUAAUGGUUGUACCGUGGGUUGUAGUUCAUUUUAUGUGCUUUUUAUCUUUGAAAGAUCAAAAAAGAGAACAAGGGGGGCAAAUUUUUGUAACAUUUGUAAAUGCAGAGUUCUGUUUUUAAUUUUUUUAUUCCUAUAGAUGAAAGAUGUUGAUGACUCUUCGGAUUUCAGAUUGCUAGUAAGUUCUGGCAGCAUUCAAUGCUGUUUCAUGGUUUUUUGCUUGCAAAAGCUGCUUGGAUGACAGUGAAAUGAAAUCUGUAGUUCUGGUUUCUCUUCA